AUGUCUCAGACUCAAAGGGAAGUAAUCCUCAUCACAGGCGCCAACACGGGCCUUGGAUUUGAGAUUGUAAAAUCCAUUUACGCUUCAGAGAGAGCAUAUGAUAUUAUCCUUGGCGGACGUUCUUUGGCUAAAAUUGAAGACGCUAUCGACUGUGUUACGAAGGAGAUGAAAGAAUUGAAUAGCAAGUUAUAUCCGCUGGUUGUGGAUAUCGAACACGACGAUGCGAUCGCCAGGGCAUUUGAGGAAGUGAAGGAAAAAUUUGGAAAGUUGGAUGUGCUCGUUAAUAAUGCCGGCGCACAACUCGACCAACGACUCACCAGCGGAGAAAUGUCCGAACGCGAAAUGUGGAAUAAAUCCUGGGAUAUAAACGUAUCAGGAUCCCAAAUCAUGACAUCCACUUUCAUGCCCCUCCUUCUCUCGAACUCGGUGCCAAACCCACGUCUCCUCUUCAUCGCAUCCGGCACAUCCAGUCUAGGCAACACGACCAAUAUGAAUUUACCCCCAAACAAAUACUCAGCUAAAGGAUGGCCCAAGAAGAAUUUCGACGGCAAAAAUUUCAACGUGCCGGCGUACAGAAGUGCGAAGACGGGAUUGAAUAUGAUGAUGCGGGAAUGGUAUCGUGCGCUGCAUGAAGAUGGGGUUAAGGUGUGGGCGGUAAGUCCGGGUUGGUUGGCGACGGGGUUGGGUAGGAUUGGGUCGGAUAGCAUGAAGGGGAUGGGUGCUAUAGAGCCGUGGAUUGGAGGUGCUUUUGUUAGGGGUGUGGUGGAGGGGGAAAGAGAUGCGGAUGUAGGAAUGGUGAUUGUGAGGGAGGGGGUCCAGGUUGGGAAUGCUUAUCUUAGAUAUUUUGGGCUGUGUUGGUUUGGAAGUGGUAUUGAGGAGGAGAAGUUGGUAAGGUCGUUGGCAAGUUACAUGUAA